GCCCGUCCCGCUUCCGGCCGGCGGGGUCCGGGGCAGGUCGGUGUCCAGUAGCUGCUGGGUGCAUGAGGCCAGUACGACUCAUGAAGGUGUUCGUCACUCGUAGGAUCCCCCCGGAGGGCAGGGCCGCGCUGGCCAAGGCGGCAGACUGUGAAGUGGAGCAGUGGGAUUCCGACGAGCCCAUCCCCACUAAGGAGCUGGAACGAGGUGUGGCCGGGGCGCACGGCCUGCUUUGCCUGCUCACUGACCGUGUGGACAAGAAGAUCCUGGACACCGCGGGAGCCAAUCUCAAAGUCAUCAGCACGCUGUCCGUGGGUGUCGACCACUUGGCUUUGGAUGAAAUCAAGAAGCGCGGGAUCCGUGUGGGCUACACCCCAGACGUCCUGACAGACGCCACAGCGGAACUGGCCGUCUCCCUGCUGCUCACCACUUGUCGCCGGUUGCCGGAGGCCAUCGAGGAGGUGAAGAAUGGUGGCUGGACCUCAUGGAAGCCCCUGUGGAUGUGUGGCUAUGGCCUCUCGCAGAGCACCGUGGGCAUCAUCGGCCUGGGACGCAUAGGCCAGGCCAUUGCUCGGCGUCUGAAACCAUUUGGUGUCCAGAAAUUUCUGUACUCCGGGCGCCAGCCCAGACCUCAGGAAGCAGCAGAAUUCCAGGCAGAGUUUGUGCCCACCUCUCAGCUGGCCGCAGAGUCUGAUUUCAUCGUUUUGGCCUGCUCCUUAACGCCUGCCACCAAGGGACUCUGCAACAAGGACUUCUUCCAGCGGAUGAAAAAAACGGCUGUGCUUGUCAAUAUCAGCAGGGGAGACGUCGUAAACCAGGACGACCUGUACCAGGCCUUGACCAGUGGUCAGAUUGCAGGGGCUGGACUGGAUGUGACGACCCCGGAACCACUGCCUACAAACCACCCUCUCCUGACCCUGAAGAACUGUGUGAUCCUGCCCCACAUUGGCAGUGCCACCCACGGAACCCGAAACACCAUGUCUCUGUUGGCCGCUAACAACUUGCUGGCUGGCCUGCGAGGGGAGCCGAUGCCCAGUGAACUCAAGCUGUAACCAGACAGGGAACCUGGAGGGUCAGGAGGAAACAGACGCCGCCAGGCUUGGUUCGGACCCACAGGACGGGAGCCAAGGAAGAAAACCUGAUCUGUGCUGAUUCUGUGGAGGGAGGCUGGUGCUGAGGGCUGUGCUUGCUGCGUCUGUGAUUGGAAACAUCUGCGCCCAAAGCGUUUAAUUAAAUGAUUCUCUGCAAGAGUGUCUCUGCCUGUAACUGGGAGAAGCUAAGCAAGGAGCAACUGCCUACUUUUCCUCCUGAGGAAAGUGCCCUGCGGGCUGCUGCCCGACCCAGUCCUCACGCCUCGGCGUUUUCAUUCCCAGAACCUGCCCAAGCCACUCCACCCCUCCCCUUCUGCUCACAUUCCUUCGUGUGUCCCUCGUGGAGGCUAGGACAGCCGCACCCCGUGGUCACCAUCUUGUAUCUGCUGCCUGGACCCAAUUAAAUAAGCUGCUGCAAUUAAAUAUGCACAGCCAAGAGAGCUACCUAAGGUCACAACACUUUUCUCGGUCAAGACUAACCAGGCCUGGCCGUCGGCACUACCAAGGCCCAGCUCCUGCCAAAGCAGGCAGGAUCCAGCUCUUCCCACAGCCAAGCCAAAGUGGCAGACGGAGCUUCCAACCUGGGAGGCAGAUUCGCUGCCUUCUGCCUGUGAGGUCACAUCGCUCACUUCAUCCUGAGGUUCAGGAGAGCUCAGGGGCUCAGAUUUUACCACCACUCUCAUGUGCUCCUUUUCACCAAGGCCGGCCUCAGGAUUUUCACACUGAAAAGCGCUUUUUUCAGUCACAGCUUCCUGUUCAAAACUAGUCUCAACCUGAGUUGCACGAGAGGCCAUGGACAACUGUGCCAUGUUGCCGGCACCGUUGUCAGACUGGCUGGGCACCUGGGCAUCUUCUUGAGCACCAAAAGACUGGUCAAAUAUGAUGGCACUGUCUUCCUGGUUGUCGGUCAUGCCGUCAGCCUUAGGGUUAUCCACAAUUUUCAGAGAAUCUGGUGAAAAGAACUCCUCUCGAGAAUGAACCCCCGAUGGCCCAUUCUCAGGCGUGACAUCAGAAAUGGCAGACUCAUCCAUGGUGGGCCGGAGGCGCUGUCUGGCCCGCUCCUCUGCAGACUGCUUGCGCUUAUGAAGGCGUCUCAUGGGGAAGGGUGUCCGCUGGUCCAGGUUACUGCGGAUCGAUGAGCUCAUGGGGGCCGGCUGCUCCUCCCCACUCUGGCUGGAAUUGAGGGCUGAGCUCACGAUGCUUAGACCCAGCUGCUGCAGCAUAAAAGAGCGCUGCAUGCGGGCACUCUGCUCCUGAACGCGCUCACUGGGGGGAGACAUGGGCAGUGUCCUUGUUGUUAGGUAAUGUUUACAUGCCUUAACAACAGAGUUCAAAUGCAGGUGAGAGGCUGCCAAUAAGACAUCCAUAACAUUGCUCUCCCCCAGCAUGAGGGUGGAGGUAUACAUCAUGUCAAUCAGUGCGGCAAAGGCCUCUGCUGUCACUACCUCGCUAUCCAACUGGAUCAUGUUCAUGGUCUGAUCUCCCUCUGCUACUGAGAACAGGGCUCGGAAAUGCGUGCUGCAUGCUGCCAGUACGGAGCGGUGAGCUUUAAAAUGCCGAUUCCCCACCACAAUAACACAAUCACACAGCUGGCCAUGAAGUCUCUGGUAAUUCAGCUGCUGGAAGAUCUGUUCAAAGUGUCCUGGGAAAUCCAUGAUCCUAUGGGAAAGAAAAGGAAAGUGUUAAGACUUAGGAAAGCUUCAGGGAAAGUCAGAGCACACAGGGCAUGACAAGGAGAGACACAUGGACAGUCAACCUUGGACUCGGAAAGCUUGCGAUAUUUCUAAUAAUAAGCACAUGGACUAACAACCUGUCAAAUAAGGAACAAAUGCAAAUUUGGCUAACAGACCUGGAAGCAUGCACACAUGGGGAGCAACUACUGGCUGUUUACAGACUCCUCUUCAGUCCACUUUUAACACUUUUUUUUUUAAAGAUUUAUUUAUUUAUUUAUACAAGCACUGGGUACAGUCAGAAGCGCG